AUGUUUUGCGGACGUGCGCUGAUGCGAAUGAUGUUCCUUGGGGCGUGCCUGCGCCACCUCGUCGCCGUGUCGCCGGCACCAUCUUCGAAGUGCAAAUCGGAUGAGAUUCCUUGCCCGGGCCAAGAUGGGCAUCAAAUCUGUGUGCGCCGGGAGGUGGUACUCAACGUCACCGCCACAGGAUGCAAAAUAGCAGACUGCCCGACGGGCCAUGCUCAAAUUUCGAUCGGGGGAUCAAAGCCUUGCGUCCCGCUGAACAAGCUCUCCGAGGGCAACCUUCCGCUUGACUGGAAAUUUGCUGGUUGCGACCUACCCCAGGAAAUGGAUUGUGGAACACGCAACGUGCCGCUCUGCGUCCCGGCGAAGGACAUCAAGUUCUACAACGAGACGACGAGGAUCUGCACAUUGAUUGAUUGCAACGAAGAACCCUCCAACUACCCCUGCAAGCAGCCCAAUGGCGACUCGUUGUGCACAUUCUUCUCUUACAUCAAGACCAUCCACGACAACCGCAGCUGCGAGUUGUCGGCUGAAUCUAAAGUAUGUCCGGCUGCCCACGUCAACUGCGGCAAGUACGACCCGAUCUGCAUCCAGAUGUACACGCCGCGAUUUCGCGCCGCCGACCUGCGCUACUUCAACGACCGCACGAGGGAGUGCCACGAUGAUCGUUGCCCCAUCGGCCACCAUCCAUGUUCCAUCCGCGAGAAGGGUGACAAGAAAAUCUGCAUGCCCUACUGGCAUAUCAAGUCCGUCGGGGACCACGACAGCUGCCAGCUCGUCAACCCCAACGAGUUACCAAACCUGAAGCCGGCGAAGGAGUGUGCGGGGCUGAAGAACACGUUGGCCUGUUGGGCGGCCAACGACGACUACACGUGCAUCGGCUUCGAGCGGAUCAACUCGAUGAUUGUCGACAAGCAGAACAAGACCAUCUGCACGUUUGCAAAAUGCACCGGAGAAGAUGCCCUCCUGUGCAGCGCCGAGUGCCAAUCCAUCCACGACGUCAAGAGGGUGCUGCCGGGGGGAGAGUGCGAAUUUCGCACCCUCCGUCGUGGGCAGAUCAUCAUGAUCAUCUCGUGCUCAAUCAUCGGAACCGUGGCCCUGAUCGCUGUUGUAGCUUUGCUCACCCGCGUCGUCAUCCUCCAGAAGAACCGGAACAAGCCGAUCGAGCACCGCCCAUCCAGCAUGCAGGGCAAGCACCAGGAUGGUGACAGCAACGAGAAGCGCCCGUUCCUGCCAUCCAAGAACCCGAAGGCGUUCAACGAGAAGCCCCAAGUC